CGAAAGGACGCGCGAUGGAUCUUGUCGCGGCGCGGGCGACGCCGACGGACCCGAAGCUGCUCCGGCCGCUCGUGUCGCAGCAGUUUGGGCUCGUGGGCCGCAACGCCGUGCUCGAGGCCGUGCCCCAAGCCGUGCAUUUUGGCGGCUUUGCUUUGGGCGUCACGCACACGCAGCGUGUGCGCAUUCUCAACAAGUCGACAGCGACGACGCGCUUGCACCUCCUCGUGCCGACGGCGGCGCCCUUUCGCGUUGAGUACGACCGCAAGGGCAACAUUUACGCCGGCAUGAGCGAAGAAAUCUUCAUUGCGUUCACGCCGACGGAGCACAAGUACUACUACGACUGCAUCCACGUGCACAGCGCGGAGGGCAACUUUAUCAUCCCGAUCCACGGGUACCCGGUCGUCAACAAGAUCGCGUUCCCUUCGAGCAUCCACUUUGGCGCGACGCCGCUUGGCCAUGUCGCCCAGCGCGUGCUCGAGCUCACGUGCAGCGUCCCGAUUGAGUUUGAGUUUCGCAUCGAGGUGCUCAAAGCCCACAGCUCGAUCGGUAUCGAGCCCACAAGUGGCGUUAUUCCAGCCAACGGCACGGCGCAUAUCACGGUGCGCUUCCAACCCAUCGUGCUCGCCAACGUCUUUUCUGAGAUUGAGCUGCACAUUGCCCAAUUCAACUUUACGCCUAAGCUCUGCACGAUUUCAGGCUUCUCGUCGCCAGGUCUCCAGGCAACUAUCGCAGGCGGUGACGAAGAAGCCAAGGUCGAGAUGGCGCCAGAGCCCGACGAGAAGGCCAAUGCGACCGAGCCACCGCGGUGGAUGCCGAAAAGGCCAGCCGCCAAACCGCUGGAAAUGACGCUCCCGACCGAGACUACCGUUGACGGGCUCAAGAUCCCAAAGCACCUCGACAGCGUGAGUGCGACCAACUUCAUUUUGACGCAACAAGCCGGCAAGUUCAAGCCCAAGGACCUCAAGAAAGCGAUCGACGAGAACCGCGCGCUGCGCAAGCGCCAAAAGGCCGAGCAAGAGGCGCUUCGGCAGAAAACGGGCAGUGCCGGUGGGCGGCUGUCUUUCGACGUCAUCUACAUGGAAGCCACGGUGGCGGCCAAGCCUACGACGCGCCAGCUCCAAGAACUGGUGUUUCUACAAGACCUCCAAGACAUCAAUAAGAUGGAGAAGGACCUCGAGUUCCAGAGCAACCGCGAGUACAUUGGCGACGACCUCUUGACACCCGAGAGCAUCGCCACGAUUCAGCGCGUGCGCAGCGCCAACGCGGCCGAGAAGGCUGCGAAAGAGCGCGAGCUGCUUCGGCAAACGUUCCACAGCCACGGCAGCUCGGCGCAGUCGACACCACCGAUGCGAUCGGUCCUCCCGGCAUUAUUGACGCCCGCUACGUUGCCUGACUUUAACGAAUAUAAGAACGAUCUGUGGGCCAAGCGCAAGCGGGCGCUCGCCCGCUUCAUUCAAGUCGUCUCGGGAUGCAUCCUCCGACUCCGCGUCGCCAAGCGUCUGCGCAAGAUCCAAGCGUGGCUCGGCAACGCCACGACCCGCGCCGAAGUCCGGCGCAUGGUUGAGCGCGAUUGGAAGCUAGCGCUCAUGAAUGUCUCGACGACAGCGGUGGCCUCGCGGCGGCAGCAGGAUGCGAUCGGGUCGUCCGAGUCGGCCUUCGCGCCUUCGUACCAGCUCCGGUCGUUUCCUGUGUACAUGGAGAGCGACUCGCGGCUCCGGUUUCCGGUCGAGACGACCAUCGAGACGGCGUUCUCCGACUUCAAUUUCUUCCCGCUGCACGUGCCGCAUGAAGCCGACGUCACGGGCUAUAAGCCCCACCCGCUGCUCUCGAUCCCACAGUACGCGCCGCUGGAGCUCCAGCGCAAGAUGCGGUCCGGCGCGCUGCACGAAGCCGGCACCCGCGCGCCCCGUGCGAUCGCGGCCCCCAAAGACACGGAGCUUCUUGCGGCUGUCCCUGCGUCGCAGCUCAAGUGGUCCAUCGCACUGCGCCCGACGUUCUUCUGUCUCCCGCCAGCGUCGCCUCGGAUCUACACGCCGCUGGGUGCGACGCCCUUGGCGACCGACGCCGCAUAUGCGCUGCGUCCCCAGCUGCGGCCACGCAACGUGCCUCGCACCGUCAUUUCUCUUCUAGGCGAUACGCCGGGAACCAUCUCACUGAGCACGACCGUACCGUACCUCUUGCACACGGCGUGGCACUGCACCGUCGACACAGACGACCACAUGCGGCUCUGGGACCUCCCGUCGGUCGCGCCGCCGCUGGCCAUGUCGGCGUCCAACAGCGUCGAAGUGCUUAGCGACAGCGAGAGCGACAACGAAGACGAGACCAACGUCAUCGUCCCGAGUAUGGCGGACGCGGAGAAGCUCUUCCACGAGUCUGCAUCGCCGAGCCUCGCGUCGCUCGCGGCCUUUGCUCGGUACGACGCGCUCCUGCACCUCGAUGACGGGUACAAGCGAUACCGCCACGACCUCUGCGCGCAGCUACCCAAGCAAAUGGCGCUCGUCGCGCAGCACGUCAAGGACGCGCGGGCGUCGUUUGUGCUGCAAGGCCACGGCGACGUCUUGCCACUGCACCAAGGCACGUCGUGUUCGUAAGCCCUGUAUUAAAUAGUCCAUUUUGUGUCGCC